AUGGCUAUCUAUGAUCAAUGGUGGUUUCGUGCUUUUGCUGCAGUUAUCAUGUUUUUCGGGUGUCAGCUAUGCUUCAUGAUCUCCAGACUGCAAAAUUUAGACGAAGAAAAAGUCAACUUACAGGCUGAGGUUCAAAUGUUGGAACGGAAACGCGAUUCAUUGCUAAUGGAUAUAGGCACCAAAGAGCGUGAAAUAUUACGACUGGAUAAGAAAGAAGAGCAGUUGGAAGUUUUAGCGGCAUUGUUCGAACAGUUCGACGACUCUUUUUGUUGCAGGAUACGCGAUCGAUUGAGCCUUGUUCCCAUAAGGCGGAAGAAUGAUCCGAUGAUAUAUUUCAUUACACCAACCAGUUUCCGCCCUGCACAAAAAGCAGAUCUGACACGGUUAUCCUAUGCUCUUUCACAUGUUCCCAAUCUCUACUGGAUUGUGGUGGAGGAUUCUGAUACAAUUUCGGAAAGCGUAUAUGAAGUGAUUAAGAGAUCUCGCUUGCCUCAUACUCAUCUGAGUAUAAAGACCCCUGAUGAUAAGAAGAUGAAAUACACGGAUCCCAGUUGGUAUUUGCCACGUGGUGUUCUGCAGCGAAACGCUGCUCUAGCAUGGAUCAGAACACAAAUGUCGGAUGUCAAGACUGGAGCUGUUUAUUUCGGUGACGACGACAACACAUACGAUUUACGAUUGUUUGAUGAAAUCAGAUCGAUCGAUGUAGCAGGGAUUUGGCCCGUAGGCAUAGUAGGCGGCCUUAUUGUAGAAAGACCGCUUCUAGCAGAAAACGGCACGGUUAUUGGUUUUAACGCUGUCUGGAAACCUGAUCGCCAAUUUCCCAUUGAUAUGGCAGCAUUCGCCGUCAACAUUACCAUGAUUACUUCCCACCCUGACGCUGGCUUCUCUUAUGAUGUACAGAGAGGAUAUCAAGAAUCGCAUUUUCUCACUGGAUUGGGAUUGACUCGAGGCGAUCUCGAACCUAAAGCAGAACUAUGCUCUAAAGUCUAUGUGUGGCACACUAGAACCGAAAAAGGCAAAUUUUCAAAAGAAGAUUGGAAGAGGAUAGCAGAAAUGGAUAGGGAAUUGUUUGAUGACAUUGAAGCUCAUGCCCUUGGGCUUUAA